AAUGUGGAGGCAGUGUGGCUGUGCUGUGCUCUGUGCUGUGCUUGGUUUGGGGUUUAGAGAGACCGAGCUGUAAGUAGGUCGGGCUGGGCUUAAGCGGCUUAGCUACGUCAGCCUAAGCUGGGAGGAAUUCAUCCAAAGCCCUCCGCGGUAGGCGGGGGCCUAAACGAGGCUGGCCUAGUUAAGCCUGAUUCUUAUUGUGUGCAGCACAGCCUGUUUUUGUUGUGCAACGUGGCUGAGAAGGAACCUACGAGUAGUGUAUGAGUCCAUGCACAUGUUAGACAUCGCUUAUGUUUGAUCUAGAAGAAGACUAGAAGGAAAAUGGGAAAUACAUGGGAGUAAGACCACUGUGAGCUUUAUCACGGUGGACCAAGAGAAGCCGGCAGCAGGGACACAAAAAGACAGGUGGAAAGAGUGAGGAGCCUUAGUCCUGAGUGCGGCUGCUGGAGGGUGACCGCCAUAGGCCUGACUUGGUCUGUGUGAGUCCGCUAUGCUAUAAGAUGGCAUCCAGCUCUGUGUUUCUGUCCAGUAUGGUGGGUAAAGCUCGCUCCUCCAACUUCACCCUCUCUGAGAAGCUGGACCUGUUGAAGCUGGUCCGUCCGCACAUCCGCAUCCUGGAGGAGCACACCAACAAGCAUGCAGUCAUUGUGGACAAGAACAAGUGCUGGGACACUGUCGCUGAGCAGUACAACGCAUUGGGAGGGGACCGACCCCAUCGCACCGCUCAGGGCCUCAGGACCCUCUACAAGAGGCUGAAGGAGUCGGCCAAGCAGGAAGUGAUGCAGCGGAGACACGCCCAGCCGGAGUACAGAGCCAGCAUCUCAGAGCCAACCAGGAGAAUUAUGGAGAUGAUCCCUCACCUGUUUCACCAUGUGCCCAUCCAUGAGAAGGACCAGGCACUGCGCAGAUUAAUAUACAGCAAGCACAACUCUCCUGUAGAGCAUCCUGGCAGCAGCUCCUCUCUGGCCGGACUCCAGGAUUACUCAGCAGCUGUCCCAAGUAUCCCCCAUGAGGUGGUCCAGCUGGACCCUGAAGAGGAUGUUAAACCACCGCCAGAUCUCCCCAUCCUCGCCACACACACAGGGCCAGGGCUGGACGGAGGCCAGGAGCGGGAGGGGGAGCAGGACUUGGGCAGCGUCCACGAUUACGAAGCAUCCCUGUCUCCCGUCCCUUCGUCUGUUAAUAUCCCCCUCUCCACUUCACCGCUGCCCUUACGCCACGACCUCUACCCCAACGACAUCUACCCCCACCACGAGCCCGACAGGUUUCGCCCUCUGCACCUGGCCAAAGAGGAGCACGAGCUGGUGUUAGCCAAUCACAGGAAGGUUGCCAUGUACCUGGAGGAGAAAAGGGAGGGGCUGAAGAGGAAGCAGGACCUGGAGGAGGAACUUCUGAGAGCCAAGAUCAAAGUGGAGAAACUAAAGGCUGCGCGUCUGAGACACGGACUGCCAAUUCCUCUAUAACAAGCAUGAACACGCACAUUUGUGUCCAGUGUUAGAAAGGGAGAGGCUCUGAGGAGCAAUCAAACUCAUCUGUUUUUUAGAACUGUGUCAGAACUUGAAUUUCUUUUGGAAACAUAGUGCCUCGUACAGAUGCUGAAAGCCUGUUUGCAUAUUGCAGGGAAAGGCUGACUCGUGUUGCCAUUGGUCUGUGUUUAUGCUUGUCGGUGUUAAAAAUGUAUCAUCAUUCUAGUACUCAUUGGCAGAAGCAGUAACAUAACUUGUAUGUGCUCACAUUACAAACACUGGCAGGCCGGUAUAGGUAAAAUAAAUGGGAAGGUCCGGGUUCUAGAAGGGAAUAUUGGUAGUUGUGAACUGAGUGAACCAUUUCAUGAUGGAGCUGUUCUUGUCUAGAUCUGCCACCAGUAUGUAUCAAUAGGAAUUUUAGCGUAGUGUUUAAGGGUGUUUGUUUAAGGGAAAGCUUUGUAUUUUUUUUUUUUAAACCUGGACCCUAUGUUUUUGUGUCUAAGCGGCAAAUGGAGACAACAAUAUUUGAAAUUUGUCCAGCAUUGAAAGAGACUGCUGCAAUGUAAUUCCUGCGGGCAAUUGUGCACCGACAAUUUCUUUAUGUUUAAAGUGCUUGAUAGGUCUGAUAGGCUCAGACUGUUAUUAUAAGUGUCUGAUGACAUGUUGAAAAAGACCCAACAGAGAAGUGAAUUGUUUUUCUGCACCUUUCACUGGUCCGGUCUGUUUGUUAGUGUGUGUAACCAAGUCUAGCUCGUUCUGAAAUCUCAUAAACUUCUCCACAUUGUUCGAAUCAGCUACAUGUAACACAACAAACUCUUCCUGGCACCUCUCUCACCAACUCUCACUAACGUCUCCACUGUUGUUUUUCCUGCAACAAGUUGCCUCUUGCUAGAUUUCAGAACAAGACUUCUCCUUGAGCAAG